AUGUUUGGAAGAACUUUAAAUACAUUCACAUCAAGAAAUGCACCACUUGUCAGAAACUUUGAUAAAUUUAUUGUAAACAAUACCCUUACAUCCAAAAACAUUUAUUUAAGUCAAACCAACACAACCAACACCCCAUUAUCAUACUCAACUCAAGCAAAGAAACCAUUCACUAUCACUGAAAAAAGAAUUGAUGAACUUAAAACUCCAUACCAACCAACCUCACCACAUCUUACCAUAUAUAAAUUCCCAUUACCAGCCGUUAUGUCAAUUAUGCAUCGUGCUACUGGUAUUUGUUUAGCUUUAGGUAUUACUGGUCUUGCAGGUGUUACUCUUUUUGCACCACAUGACGCAAUUCACUACAUCCAACUCCUCCAUACUCAAUACCCAGCAUUAGUUUACCCAGCCAAAUUUGCUGUUGCAUUACCAUUAACUUAUCAUUUCUGUACUGGUGUUAGACACAUCAUUUGGGAUGAAACCGUUAAAGGUCUUUCUAUUUCACAAAUUGAAUCUUCUGGUAAAGUUCUUUUAGCUGUCGUUGCAGUUUUAUCAACUAUUUUCACCUUUGUUUCAUUUAAAUAA